CGAGGCGUCGACGCGGCUCCUGGUCAAGUCUUAUCUGCCUUCCUCCUCCUCGCCUCCGCCCUCUCCUCGCCCUCGCGUGCGCUCCACCACGAGAAAAGAAAGGACAGGUUCAACCUAAAAACAACUAACAAGUAAAAGCUUGAUCUGUUCGGUGCCAACCAAUCAACAACCAAGUUUCAUGUCUGAUCUCGACGUUCAGCUUCCGUCUGCCUUCGAUCCGUUUGCUGAGGCAAAUGCUGAGGACUCUGGCGCUGGUCCUGGAGCAAAGGAUUAUGUGCAUGUGCGCAUCCAGCAGCGCAACGGCAGAAAGAGUCUAACAACUGUUCAGGGCUUGAAGAAGGAGUACAGUUACAACAAGAUCCUCAAGGAUCUGAAGAAGGAAUUCUGCUGCAAUGGUACUGUAGUCCAAGAUCCUGAGCUUGGCCAGGUCAUUCAACUUCAAGGUGAUCAGCGUAAGAAUGUUGCCACUUUCCUAGUUCAGGCUGGGAUUGCAAAGAAGGACAACAUCAAGAUCCACGGUUUCUAAGCUGCCUAUAGAUGCUCGUGUGCUCUAUAUUGUGUGCUACCAGAUAUUGGGAAGCCUCUGAAGCUACAAGUUAUUGUUCUCUAUAUUUGAAGUAUUAAGACUAUUUGUUAACGCGAUUCUUGCUUGAUGCAAGUUGUGUUGUCACCUCAUUAUGCGCUACCGGCAUAUGAGUAUGGUUUGUGUGGGAUAUUGCCAAUCUAAUAAAAGUAUUUGCUGUUUGUCUAUA